UAAAACCAUAACCACGGCCCUUCAGUCGCCCAGUGCUGGAGGUGAGUUCCUGCCCUUUCCCUCUCACUUCUGUUCACCUCCCUCUUCCUCCUCCUCCUCCUCUCCAUAGAAACUCUGCAGCUCAGUCAGCAGCGCUUCAGACGCGCUCUCUGCCGCUCACACGAGUUUCAGGUUGAUCAAACGCUUCACAGUAACUCCGCGGCCACAACUUUAGUUUCACAAACUUUCUUCUGUUUCGAUACAAUGUUGGAUUAAACCCACUAACCUUUGUGUUCCGACCAGAAAAGGUUUGUUUUACGACAGCGCAGGUACAAUGACCGCAUUCUGCAGCAGAUCGACUGAUUAGAGGGAGAGGUCAGUGUUUGCACUUUGACCUGUAGGUUUGGACAUAUAGAGAAGAGGACACGGACAAUCUAGCACCAUGGAUAUCGGCAACGAUGUGGACCUGUCCAAUAAAAACAUCACCCCAUUGUGGAAACGUCGCACGGAAAAGACCCAGGACUCAAGUAAAACCAAACCACGACCCCUCAGUUACCACUCAAAUGGGGUCAUGACAACGGACUUCCCUGUGGAGGACAACAAGUGUUCUUUCACCUUGAGCCAACCUGCCGAGAGGCUGGUGGUCGCACCCCCCAGUUGGGGCAAGAGCACUGUGGUGUUGAAGCAUGUUCUGCACAAACCUGCCAAGAAAACCAGAGUUGUUCGAAGCAUCAGCAUUGGGCACCUCUCCAACGGACUCUUCUCACUGUCCAAAUUUAGGUCUGAGGACAGAUCGGCUUCACUGGACAAUAGAGUGUGUAAUGGAGACAGGAAAACCAGCAAUAGAGUGACAGUGUGGCAGGAAAAGCAUCUCCAAGACCCCCAGAAACACACGUCCAGCUCGUCCAGUUUGAUCUCACAGAAGGACCAGAUUGCAUAUGGGGAGAGUUCACCUGACGGUGUUCUUCUUAAUUCCUCUCCUGUCAUGUGUCCACGCUCUCCCAACAACAACCAGAAAUACAACCACCAUGAACUGUCCUCCGUUUCGUCUGCAUCCAGUCCUUCGCCUCCAGCCCGGCGUACCCCUACCCCCUCCCACAGCUCAACCUCCAGCAUCCCCUCCCUCUCAUCCCUUACCUCCUCAGACCCCCCGACCCCACGCUCCCCAUCGCCAGCAGACAGAGGACAAAUACUCCAUAGACCGUCCUCAUUCUCGCCUGCCUCCUCUCAGGACACCAGACAUGCUUCUUCCUCUUCUUCCCUCUCCUCCACCUCACCCUCUCCCUCCCUUUCCCCAUCUAUGUCUCCCUCUCCUUCCAUCGUCCUCAGCACCCACAGCCCUGCUGCCCUGAAGAUGGGCACCCAGCAGCUCAUUCCCAAGGGUUUGGCAUCGGAUACUCGGCAGAUCAAGGCGCCCGCCUCUGAGCCACAAGGCCACGGUCUGGCAGGGCUGCUGGGGUUGGAUCAUUCCAAGCGAGCAGUGAAAGCCCUUAGCAUGGUAGAAACGGGAACCUACUUUUCUACAGGAGGGGUCCAAAGCGAAGCAACAGACGGGGAAAGUGAGAGCCCGGGGACACUAAGAAGGGGCCUGAGGAGUACGUCCUACAGGAGGGCUGUUGUGAGUGGAGUAGACUUAGAGGUCCCGUCGGUAGAUCCUAAGGCCCAUCGGUUGUCGCAGCCUGUCAUCAAAUGUCUGAAUGAGGAUAAUACAGAUUCACCAGUGAGCCCUGCAAGUCCUGGCACUGUUAGCCUCACCAGCCCCGGAACAGCCAAGCCUGCGAGCCCUGGAACCCCCAAACUCACAACCCCUGGGACACCCAAACUUUCUAGUCCUGGGACACCCAAACUUUCUAGCCCUGGGACACCCAAACCUGUCAGCCCAAAGAUUGCAAAGCCUGCCAGCCCUGGGACAGAAAAUCCUACUGGCAUUGGAAAAAACAAGAGUCCAGAUAAGAAGAAAGUUUUGACCACUCAGCGGACAUUUGACAGUGAGGAGGAAGAACUGUACCAGAACUACCAGGAAAAGGCCUUACAUAAUGAUUCGGAUGAGGAUGCCGAUUCCAGAGAACCCAAACCCGAUAACGGCAUUGUGGUGCAGUACAGACCUAUACGUACCUCCUGGAGCCAACUCAGUGUGGUAAAGAAAAGCGGUCUGUCUGAGAGGAUGAGUCAGGAAGAACGCAAAAGACAAGAGGCCAUUUUUGAGGUGAUCUCGUCGGAGCACUCUUACCUCCACAGUCUAGAGAUCCUUAUCCGAAUGUUCAAGAACUCUGCAGAGCUCAGUGAGGCCAUGACCAAGACUGAACACCACCACCUCUUCUCCAACAUCACCGACGUCUGUGAGGCUAGCAAGAAGUUCUUUAAGGAACUGGAGGAAAGACACCAACAGAACAUCGUAAUCGGUGACAUCAGCGACAUCAUGAACAAGCAUGCACAGUCCAGCUUUGAUCCUUACAUCACGUACUGCUCCAACGAGGUCUAUCAGCAGAGAACCCUGCAGAGGCUGGUGUCAAAGAAUCCAGUCUUUAAGGAGGUGCUGAACAGGAUAGAGAGCCACCCAGACUGCAGGAACCUCCCCAUGAUCUCCUUCCUCAUCCUGCCCAUGCAGAGGAUCACUCGCCUGCCCCUGCUCAUGGAUACAAUUUGUCAGAAGACACCUAAAGACUCGGAACAAUAUGAGGAGUGUAAGAAGGCUUUGCAAGCAGUCAGCAAGGUGGUGAGGAAGUGUAAUGAAGGAGCUCGCACAAUGGAGAGAACGGAGAUGAUGUAUACCAUCAACUCUCAGCUGGAGUUCAAGAUCAAGCCAUUCCCGCUCGUCUCAUCCUCCAGGUGGAUGGUGAAGAGAGGAGAGCUGACAGCGUUCGUAGAGGACAACGGCAUCUUCCUUAAGCGGACGUCGCGGCAACAGGUCUACUUCUUCCUCUUCAAUGACGUCUUCAUCGUCACCAGGAAGAAGAGUGAGGAGAGUUACACUGUGAUCGACUACGCUCUGAGAGACCAGAUCUGGGUGGGUUCCUGCCAGCCAGAGGAUGUCAACCUGUCACCGGUCAGGAGCACCGCCAGCAUGCUAAGCUCACGGCAAGCUGGCGCCAACCAUCUUUUCCGCCUGCGCUUCCGUAGCAACCACUCCGGUGAAAAGGUGCCCAUGAUCCUGGGGACGGAGCUGCCGAAUGAGCGUGCCAGAUGGAUCAGCGCUCUGGGCCAGAAUGUCAGCAACAACAAGAAUCAGGACAGAACCAAUGUGAUGCAGGUGGAGGUGAUCAGAACUUACACAGCCAAGCAGCCAGAUGAGUUGUCCCUGCAGGUGGCUGAUGUUGUGUUGGUCUCACAGACUGUAGAAGAUGGCUGGUAUGAAGGCGAGCGACUGCGUGACGGAGAAAGGGGGUGGUUCCUCGCCGAGUGCGCCGAACCAAUCACAUGCCAGGCCACCAUUGAGCGCAACAUGCAGAGGAUGGACCGCCUGCAGGGGUUGGAGACUAAUGUGUGAGCAGGAUGAGCCAAGUGCUUAAACCACAGAGGGCUUUUCUCACCCUUUGACUCACGAGUGACCUGCCAUUUAAGAAGUGAACCCAAACAAAUGGGUUCAGUAACAGCAUCAGUGAGCUGCCUUCAGGGACUCCGUGGACCAGGCUGCCUGACUCCUUACAGUGGGUUAAAGAUGAAGCCAUAAUCCUUGCUCAAAGUCCACUAAAUAUCAGGCACUGUGAGAUUCAAAGCAAAGACUUUUCAGGACAAACACGGCAGAACUGUUUUUUUUUUUAAUCCCUUAAUUACUAAUCGCUCCCUGUGUGGGUGGGAUGGCUUGACAGUGGGAUCUGUCACAUUCAUUAAUUCCCCGGUCGGUUAGAAAACUUCACACCCACUGCCGGAGUCACUGCUUUCAACACCCCGCUCUGCAGAGCGACUGAUGGUGUGAAAUUUGUAAAUUUUGUUUUUUUUUUCAAGCAUAUUUUUUGAGUGCAAGUGAUGUGCAAUGGAAUAAUUGACACUACGGUAUCGCUAUAGGAGGUAAAAUAGACCAAAUAGUGUGAAAAUGACAGCAGCCUGAUUCGUGCUCUGUUAACACGGAUCAGGCCAUGUGAUGAUGAGGAGCUGUGCCAGUAACAAUGUAACUAUGAAGAUGUUGAUAAUAAGGCAAGACGGUGGGAUUGGCAGCUUCUGUACAGCGUGUGGGUUAGUGCAGAAACUCUUCUGAGUGUUUCAGUCGCAUCUGAAGGCAAGUGAAACCAUUACAAUGAUACUUAGAAGAAAACAAAACGGAGUGUGCGUUAAGCUGCAGAGGACAAACAUGAAUGCUACGUGUCUGAAACACACGGCACACGUGUUCAUAGUCAUAAUUAUUUGGAUGAUGAGGAUUACACUACUCUGGGAGGUGUAAUCUCGUGUCAUCCACGGGUUAAGCAGCAUCGCCAACAGUCUGUUCUCUACCUGGCUGUUUGUCACCUGUUAAUGUCACCACCAUGAAUCAGACUCUACAUUUGUGUCACACGUGCCAUUUUUCUCUCCAUCCACUCAAUGAUUUGAACAGCCUGAAAUAUCACAGACACUAGAUGCAACCCAGGGGUGUGUGUGUAUAUAUAUAUAUAUAUAUACACACACAUAUAUAUACACACGUAUAUAUAUAUAU